UAGUGUAUCAGUGAGACAUUGAAACUUGACAUUGAUGUUCCUGCGUUAUUUCUAUAGCUUAACGCUCGCUGUGGUUAAAGUGGUCGUAAUCGCUCAGCUUUUGUGCGCGUGUAUGUGUGUGUGUCACUUUUAAAUGCUCCUCUUGUGAUCGUACUUGGAAAUGAUCAUCGAAUACUCUUUCGUUCUGCCCCGGGAAAAAGUUUAUAAACUUUUCUAACGGACUGCGAGGCGGCAACGUGAAAAUGUUGGAAUGGGAAGUUCAAAUUUAAUAGAUGGGAAAUGACUGCUCUCUUCGCAUAGAUUUUUUAUUUCUUCGCUAAGAAUAUUCGGGGAAUUUUUACGACUGUGUUUUAUUAUACUUAUCGCAAUUAGCGAUUUUUCGCUUAAUAUACUUGAUAGAUGCGAAGAAAAGAAUUACUAUUUUUAAAUCCGGCUCAGGCUGUUUCACGGUAUGAAGAAGUAUAAAUAUUUCAAAUAUAUAUUUUAAAGCAGGCGAGUAAAUAAUAAAAUCUUUUAAUCUAUAUGUAAUACUGGAUGGUAUAUAGUUAUUUAUGUAUAUAUGUAUAUAUUAAGAUAUAUAUAUGCAUGUAUAUGUACACGUUUUCAAACUUGUAUGUACGUUGUUGUACACAGAUAAAGAGAUGAACAUCACUUUUUCUAUGUUUUACAGAAAGUACGGAGUCCACCUUGCUCUCAAGUUUGUUGCUCGUUUCCUUUUAACUGUCUGAGUUGCAAAAUUAUGUGAAAAACCUGAUAUAAUGUGCUAUUAUUAAGAAGAUUCUUAAAUAUUCGGACACAGUGAAAAAUAGAGAUAAUGUGCUAUUUUCGUAAAUUCUUAGUGGAAGAGUCAUAAAAAUUCUGUUACGCUGAAUGAACAUCAGUUAUAUUUCUGUAGAAAAGUGCCAAAUGUUGAAGAAAUUCUGUUUAUUGUGCUGUAUUGGCCGAGCGUUGAAUUAACUGAAGGCAUUUGCAUCAAAUGCUAUUAUUAAGUAUAUAUAAUAGCUGCUCUGAAAAGUAGAGAUUAUAUUCUGAGUUCAGACUUAUAAGCCCUGAUAAUCCGCGAACUCAAUAAAUUUAAUUGUCAGAGAAAUGAAUUUUGAGAAAACCUUUGGCUAAAGAAAAUUCUGUAAUCUCUAUAUCAAAUAGUAAAAACUAAACCGGAACAAUGAUACCUACCGGCGAGACAAACUGCCGCACCCAGAGGAAAGUUUGGUGGUCCCAUGGAUUUUGUAGAAAGUACUUUCUGUAUGUCAUGCUGCUUUGGACGUUUCCCUUGAGUGAGCCAAUAUGCUAUUUUCCGAGUGAAUUAACCGGACUCUGGUUCCAGAAAGGAUGGCAGUCCGUCAUUCGAAUAGAAGGCAGUGUUUUCUCUAUCAAAGGAACCUGUGUAGAUGCAAACCACAACAUAUUUCUUAUCGAAGACAGCAAAGAAAAGUGUUUCCGCUGUAUUGUAAUUCAUGACAAGCAUCCGAACGUUCUGCAAUAUAAAGAAACCUUCUGUGAUGAACAUCGGACCCUUGAAGAUGCGUGCAGCAGUUUAACAGUGGAUAAUCAUUUGCACACUAUGUUUAAAGUUGAUUCCACCCCCGUUCCUUGUCCAUUCAAAGGCCCCUUCACCUUUAGUUACAAUCGUGGUCAAGGGGAGUGCAAGCACCCACCAUCUACAAUCGACACUUGCACAGACGACUCCCAGCUGCUCUUCAGAUUUCAAGCGUGCGCUGACGUUAUUGGGACAGAGAGUAGUGAGGAAGAACUAACAUGCCUUGCCACGUGGAAAGAAGGUUCAGCUCAUUAUUUAGUGGGGAAAAUGAAGCCAAGGAAAAGUCAUGCUGACCCUCAUGGAGAUAAAAAUUACUACAGAUGCUUUGUUUACCAAAAAGGCAAAGAUAGUUUUCACGUUUCCCAGUCCGCUGACCCAACCUGUGAUGGACUUGUUCUACCUGGGGAUGGUUCAAGAAUAAUGAAUCUUACAAAAACCAAACAUCCGACAUCGGGUUGCCAGUUUCCUUCUUGGGUAACACUGCCUCACCGUUGGCACACAUUAGAUGGGCGUAUGACAUACUAUUUCAGCCAUCGAAAUACAAGUUACCGCAUUGUACACGCACACUCAGAUCAUCCGGAGACUAAGGUUACUUGCACUGACGAAGUAUCAUCAACUCCAAAUUCAACAACAGUUGUAGCAUACAGUAUGCAAGGCUGCUCAAAUGGUUUCGUAUGCCUGACGUUUCAUCAAAGAGAAAAACACAUUAUUGAAAUCCAGACAGGAGAAUUUGCAAGAAGGCCUCAUGAUGCAUGCUCCUCACCGCGUUAUGACUCUGGUGAUAUGAUGGACUACAUAACAUUAGUAGCUUCUUCUGCUUCUGUGAUAGCCCUGUGUCCUCAGCUAGUAGAGACUGAUGGCCUGAGGAUAGCUGCUAGCAAAAAUCAUAUUCGUUCGGACCAGUGUCAAGACUCAGCCAUUAAAGUUGUUGGAUGUAGAAGUCACGAAACUCUGGAGUUUCUUUCAACUUGUGAAACAGUUCGAGAGCAUAUGAUUUUCCAAUGCCAGGGAAUGUGGGAGGAAAAUGGCAAGAACUACCUCAUCGCAGGAUUAAAAGGAUCGAAAGCACGAUACUGCUUUGUGUAUUUUUCGAAUCCGAAGAUGACUCAAUUCUCUGGACUUCCUGAUACUUGCCGAAGAACUAUUGUUCCUGGCGUAACGGGAAAUCUUACUUUUAAUAUCACAUCAGCAGGUGAAUGUGACAACUUCCUGAAUGGUUCGCCGAAGCUAAAAAAUACACUGGACCUGCUACUGGCUGCCGCAAUCCUAACCCUCAGCAUCCUAUUAGUCCGGUGACCGGCCCCAAGUCUGUUCUGGUCAUGUGACACCACGUCGUCCAAUCAGUGCAUCAGAUGCCCCAUCAUUUGUGGGGUCCGAGGGUGGGUCGAAAUCGGGGUGUCUAGUGCCUCUCCUGAAGGGUAAUUUCGCAGACCUUUGUGUGUAUUCUCUCCCAAACGGACUGAACUAUCAACGUGGACCUGGCGGCGAACACCUGUUAAAACGACUUGUACACACGAGCACCAAUGUGGGCUGCGUGCAACUUUCACAACUCGUUAAGCAUCAGCAAGCACUUUAAAAAAAGAACUUUAUAUCUCUUGUUUGUCGAACUUCAAUGAAGUUUAAAGAAUUGUUUUUCGAUGGUUCGAAUGACACAUUUCAUAAAACCGAAUCAUGAACUAGGAAAACAAAAGCACAGGUUAAAUUUAGUUUUAAGAAAGGUUUCCCAAAGCUUUUGUACCACAGCAAUUCUGAAACGAAAAAAUAAAUAACUUUAAAUAUAAACAUCAAAUUUAAAUGUGUCUAUUACAAGGAAAUGAAUAAUUCAAAAACCUCUAAUUUACAUUAUUUAGAAUAUUUGAUUAACAGUAUUCAGACUUAAAUUGCAUGAAACGUACCCAAAUGCUUUGUCUUGUUCAACAUAUGCAUUCAGAUCAAAAAUAGAGUUACAUGUAUUAAUUUUAAAGACAGAUCAUUUUCGUUGGUUUCUUUUCAUGUUACAUGAGCACGUCAUCAAAUAAGCAUUAAGAUAAUGUUAUUUGCAGACAUAAUUAUACACAUAUUUUUACACUUAAUUAUACAGAUUUUUCUUUUGUGUAGUUAAUGUGUCCCGAUUAUUACACAUAUUUUUACACUUAAUUAUACACAUUUUUCUUUUGUGUAAUUAAUGUGUCCCGAUUAUCACAUACUUUUUUAUAUGAAUAUGAUUUAGGUAUUUCUAUGUGUUAUAACUGGAAAACUGCACACAGUGUUAAAAUUUGUAUUUAUACUUUUAAUUCGAGGCAAUUAUUGUCCAAGGAACAGCCUUAAGUAAGUAAACAUUUUAAUAUCCAGAAGAAUUUUGUACCUGGAGGAGAAUGAAUGAUUCUAACAGCAAAUUUCAGGUAAGAUGAAAUAAAACCUCCAGCCUUGUUCCAGUUAAUUUUACUAACAGUGCAGUUUUUAUCUUAAGUUCGUUGAUAUUUUCUUUUGCUUUUUCGUCGAGUUCUGUACUUUAAUUCCUAUAUACUAGUCGAUCGGGCAUUUUAUGUUUUUACGUAUGCUUUUUAAAAUGAAUAAAAAUGCAGUAGUUACUGCAGCAAAAGAAAUGUUCACGAAUAGUUACAUCAAGCAGAAACAAUAUUAUAUCCCAGGUUAUAUCAGCAAACUAAGAAGCUGUUUCGUGAUGCUCUAAUAACUAAGUAACGAACAAAGGGGUUUAAAAUACUAAAAAUUAAAAGUGAAUGAAUGAAUUGCACAUGUAGAAAGAGUUUGACGAGAUAUGUUUCAAACGGUAUCUUACGACUCUAUAAGCAGUAAAGAAAAGAAAAUAGUGAGUAAACAAAGAACAUUAUUGCUUAAGUGCCUUGAUAGAGUGAAAUACCAUAUGCAAAACUAAACUAAUUACUAACGUUCAAUCACAUUUAUUCAUAAAUAUCCAGAAUUCUGCAGCCUAUUCUGAUUAUUAAUAUAAUAAAAGUUUUAAUUAUGUAUAUUUUUGUUCGUUAAAACUAAAAGGUGUUCAAAAAGAUUAGUCGCGCAGCUUAAACAUUUGAAUGGCUGUACUUUGUGAUUUUUGCUCAUGUAUCUCAAAAAUGCACUCAGAAAUGAUUGACAGCAGAAUUAAACAUUACUAACUUCAGGUAAUUGACAGAGUUUUAAUAUACCAAAAUAAAAUUUUGUCUUUAAGACAGGAGUGGAAUACAGAUUGCAUCCAAUGAAAAGAAUGCUAGAAGAUUACCAGAAUUCGGUAAGUGAAAGAUUUCCAUACACUGAUUUUGUUUCCAUUUUGAGGAGUAAAGAAAACUGUUUACUGUUUUAAAACAUAAAACACAGCUGUAGUUUGAGUGAGUUUGUCUGUUAGCCUUUUCACGUAAUCGUGACAUAAACCAUUCACAUAUUAAAGUUUUUUCGACAAUCAAAGAAAAUCAUAAAUCACAACAAAAAAUAAUUACGAUAUAAAAUGGAUUCGGAUAUAAAACCAUACAUAAAAUACAGUUAUUAGAAAUUCCAGUCUCACAAACAGUAUAGAAGAAAGAAUUAAAUACGUUGAGCAAAACGAAAUACUUAAAAUUAAAAAAAAAAAAAAAAAAAAGCGAGCUUUCCAUUGUACUUGUUGAAGAGACACAAACAAUACACUUCUAAACAGAAAAAUCUUAAUAAUAGAAAACUAAAACUAUUAAUUUAAAUUAGGCUUUCUUCACCAAAUACAUUACUUCGUAUAAUAAAACGCCGUUUUGGAUAUUUUCAGAUAAUCUUAAAAAAAUACAAACAUGAAAAUGUAGGAUUUUGAGCAGCAAAUCUUCAAAAUUCUUAUUCUGGGACCAACUUCCGCACGUGAAAAUUCUUGGAAUUAAAAUAUAUGAAAACUUUCCCUGAUUAAAAAAAAAGAUAUCAUUUUAAUGUAUACUAUUGCGGUGAUUGAUUUUAUGUUUAUCUAUUAAGUUAGCAUAUUCUCAGAAUCACAGUGGGGAAAAUAAUCUGAUUGUUUUGCUAAAUAUUCUAGAAUGAAACGCAUUAAUAUAUAUAGUACGAUAGCUAGUUAUUUUUGCUUUAAUAUCUACUAAUGUAUACAUUUUGCCCUUAAGAUAUAAUUACGUAAAAUAAAUAAACAAUAAUUUCUUCAUUUUCAAACAUCAGUAUGAGUUAGUAAAGGAGGUAGUUUUCAUUAAAUUUUUUUUCUGUAUUUCACGCAAUCAAAAUGAAACAAGUAUACAGUGCAGUAAAAGAAAGUAAAAAGUUCCCUUUCGUAAAUAGUCUCUACUCAGAGCUAAGAUGGUACGGUCACUUCGGUAUAUGCUAUACUAAUUAUUUGAAGUAGUAUUAUUAAUAUGUCCCGAUUAUCACAUACUUUAAAUUUUUUUAUAUGAAUAUGAUUUAGGUAUUUCUAUGUGAUAAUUUAAUGAGAUUAGUCUAUUUCAGUUUUCAAUAGGAACGAACGAUUUCCCUGGUCACUAUUAUUCCCUAAACUAAAAGUUCAAAUACAAAAUUACUUCGCCAAAUUAGGCUUUGAAGCAGAAUCCACCUAUACACAUACCUAAACUCUGAGUAAUAUUCGUAAACAUGUGUUACGCAAAACACACUCGGAGUAACUUUUGAAUUAACCUGUAGGGCUCUUUUCUCUUUAAUUCAAAAUAAUAAUGAUAAUAAGCAAAUAAAUAUUAACAAUAAUAAUAAAAUGAUUUCGCAAUAGCCGUAUUUUUAUAGUUGGGCUGCAGGCAAUCACACCUUGCAAUAAAUUUCUAAAAAAUGAAUCAAUUAUCAAAGAAUUCAGAUUUUUUCUGCCCCAUUCAAAUAACAUACUAUAAUACAAGUUUCAGGCUGAACAUAAAUACAAAUUGCAGGUAAAUACGUUUUUUGUAGUUGCAUAUAAUUACAUUAAAAUACAUUACAUUCAGUAAGAUAACAUUAUUACAUUUCAGUAAGGUGAAACAUUGCAGUACACUUUUAAGUGUAUUAUAUUUAUAGCUGCAUGUAUUAUAGCUACCUCAGUAGCAUGAAAUUUGGCUAUGAGUGAAUGAGUAAAUUGUAUUUUAAAUUCUGUGUGCAGUUUUCUUUGUCAGUCUUGAAAACUGAUUCCAGUUUUCUCCUUUAUCUUUGAUUGGAGGUAUUUUACCUAAAUAAAAGUAACGUAUUUAUGUUUGUUAAAAUAUACUUUCUUAUUUGUUAUUUUAGUUCGAAAAUAUUAAAGUUUUAUUCUUUAUUUAAAAUAAGAACUUUAGUCAUAUUAUUCAUCUAAUACAUUUUUAUCUUUAAGUUUAAAAUAUUUCCGCUAUUUACAGGAAACAUCUUUCAGAGGAGGUAAUAACGAAUUUGAAAUUUUAAAGGCUAUAAACACUUCAGAUCUUAAUUUUCAGCAUUACAAUAAAAUUUGAAGCUUAAUUUUCCUAUUUAAUAGGUUAGUCUAAUAAAUUUAAUUUGUGGCAUUUAAAAAGCAUUCAAAACAAUAUUUCUCUGCAGGGAAACAAUAUUCCUAUUAACUGACUAAAAGUAGAUGUAGAAAAUAUUAAAAUUGAAUCAAAAUCUGGCUUGGAAUUUGUUUCUAAAUAAAAUAAGUAGGUGAUAAUCUCAGUUUAAGAUGCUCUUGAUAACUGCAUAUGAUUUUUACAGUGUUCUAAAUAAUUCGAAUCAUCACAAUCAAGUAUUCUGUUAAAAUAAUUUCAUUUAACAAUAUGACACUUUACGUAUACAUAUAUUCGCGUAACAUACUUUGAUUUAUAUGUAUCUAAAACUGUGAUUCGAAAAGAAUUAAUUAAUUUAAUUAACCUGUGUUUUAUUUUUGUUUACCUAGUUCUUAUUAUAAGGUGAGACAACUGUACUGAAGAAAUAUUAUUUGACUAUCUGCCAUUUCUUUCGUGAUGGACUUGUACUGAAAGUAGAAUCUCUUUCACGGAGAAAAUUUUAGGCAAUGGUUUACUUCCAUCUAAUCAAUGUUCAACAUACCAGUAGCCCGGUAAAAAAGUCUUCAGUGUCCACUGCUUGUUGCUUGUUUUUCAUUUCAUGCAAUGCAUAACACAGGCUGAAAGCAUCAGUUUCCAUAAUUGCACAAUCCAGUUUCUACAAAAUAUACAAAUUCAUUUUUUUAAUUUUCUACUCCCAGUUUAUAGGUUGUAUUCGUAAAUAAACAUUUUAUUACUGGAUAAAAAAUACAUUUCAUUACACUACUAACGGAAAAUCAUUUAAAAUAUAAAGCAAGAAAUGUUAAUACUAAUAAUUUGCAUUUAUUAAAAUAUGCAACUGGUGAAUAAUCCAGACAAUAUUUUUAUAAAAUCAUGUUUUUAAUGUAUAUAUAUUCAAAGCUUCUACAUAUGUGAGAAUUAUAGUGAAUUUAGCAAAUAAAAGAAGUUUGCAGCUAAUAUCUGCUACGUCUGGUAUAAAGAACACUUGAUUUGUUAAGUCAAGAGAUAAUGUUUUUCAAAUUUUGAUUACUUUAAAAAGGGGACUUAUAGCUGAUAAAUGAAUAAAUGAAUUUUUCUAGCUUAAAACCUCUUAGCGUUAUGGAUUGAAUGUUAUCCUAAAUUUAGUAGAGGCAAACAGUAAUAAUUUAGUUAUGAGCUUCUUGCAUCAAUGAAAUAUAUAUUUUUUCUCUUUUUAACCUCGAAUUCAUACUCAUUUGUUUAUCUCACACACUUGUGUGUAAAAUGUUUUAAACAUUUUGUGUACGUUUUAACACUUCUGUUGCAAUAUUAAUAACCAAUUCAGAAAAUGAAUAAAUGUUACGCUUUAAUUAUCUAUUAAAAUUAAUGAUUACAAAAUUUUCAUGUACAUUAAAAACAAUCCCUAGCUAUUUUUCAAGCGGUGUAUGGUAUACAAUUUGUAGUUUAUUUAAUUAAUGAAAAUUUAGUCUAAUUGUAUUAUAGCAUUAUCUAAAAGAUUAGAUCUGUGAAUGUUUACGAAAAUGGCUGUUGAAACGGUAUGCUUGUGAAAAGGCAAUCAGUUCUUCGGUAUGAUUUUUAAAUGAGUAGGAUUGAUAGGAUUUAGUCCUAAUUUGUAAAUGAAGUCCAAUAAAUAAGAAUAUUUCAAAUCGUAAUUAAUCUAGAGACAUAAAGUGAAGCAUUUUAAUUACAUUUUCGAAUCUUUGAUCUAAAUAAUACAAAACAAAACAUUUUUAGUGAAACAUGCCAUUAUUAAAUCAAGUAAUAAAUACCUGUGUAUUAAAAUUAGACAGGAAUGCAUUUGAAAGAUGCGUUAAAGCUGAAAAAUAAAAUGAAAAUUUUUCUUCGCAGUGCAUUUGUAUUCUUUAUAAUAUUCUAUGGAGAGCAAAUGAGCUUUCUGAACCUAAUGAUCCGUCUUAAUCGGGCUCUGUUGUUGAACAUUGAAAAGCUGUUAAAAUGCCUCAAAUGAUGAUGAUAAUCAAAGGUGCCCUCUGGUAAUACAUUUUAUUGCCAUAUAAUGCACUCAUUGUAUUAGGUGGAUUAUUGAGAUCAUUUUCUGUAAAAUAAGAUUGCGAAAUCUUUCUUGUAUAUGUCAAUGUUUCUUUCUAGCUUUCGAAUAGCAUAAACGGACGUUUUCGUUCACCCACUGUUUUCUGUUUCUUUGUUUCUCUCUGCAAUGGAAAUAAAGAUAAUAAAAAUUGUU